ACGACCUCGACUAUUACAACAAGUACUCCUGCUACUACUACUACUACUAUUCUUAUCAUCACACACUUUAGUAUAUCCUCCAACUCACUCUCGGUUUCGUCCCAUUCUUCCUCCGACAUAUUUACGUCUCAUCUCCCACCCUCCCCAAUGUUCUUCCCGUCAAUGUGGUGUUGAUUCCGUAUUCCUUAUCGUCUGGCUAUCCCUCGCUCAGGCUAGACCUAAUUCUCUCGUUCGCCUUUAUGUCUCAACCUCACGGUUUGUUCUAUACAAAUCCCAUCUCACCUCAUGGAGAUCCAAACGGUCGUCUGCGCACAGGCAAAGCCUCCUUCAGCAACCCCGCAAUCCGCGCCCGCACCUGAGAAACGAAAGCGGGUUCGCCGAUGGCAUCACCGGGGUUUUACCGGCUGUUCGACAUGCCGUCGACGUCAUGUUCGCUGCGACGAGGCUUCACCGUCGUGCAAGAAUUGUACUCGCUUGGGUCUAGAAUGUGAUGGCACACAGGGGCGAAUGACCUUCAAGGUCUAUGGCCCACCUCAAACGCCGGAGUCUUCGUGCUCACCACCAAAGAAACGAGAGGCAAAGAAGCCUAUCUCGCAUGUCCUGGAUCCCACCGAUGGCAAUAAAUUGAUCAAAAUUGAACCCGGCGAAGAGGACGAGUCCUACGAUGCGCUAGUAGUAUCCCCAACCACUAUCCCGGAAUCGAAGCCGAUAAAAUAUCGAUUCCAGGAACCCAUCUCGCCAGCCGUAUUCAUGUCGUCUUCAUUAGACUGCGUGGACGGUCGCUAUUAUACUCAUUUUAUCGACAGUGUGGCAACCUUGCUACUGAUUUACGAUAACUCAAUCAACAUCAACCCUUACAGACGAUAUUUUCCCGAACUGGCCCGGGCAUCACCAACCAUGGCCAACGCUAUGCAGGCACUGGGAGCAUUACAUCUCGCAAACACUUCUAGAGGUCAACAACGAAAUCUACACUUUCAACGGGCCAUGGGCAAAUAUGGAGAGGUGGUCAAGUCUUUCCGUACUCGAUAUACGCAGCCCGACCAGAAUCUGCAAUUAACAGACCUCGCCACUUGUUUAUUACUCUCUCUUUUCGAAAUGAUGGAUUCCCAAAACCAUAACUGGAACAUUCAUCUGAAAGGUGCUCGUGAGAUAUAUCGUCUACUCUUCCUCCCCAAUAGUGACCCGGCCAAAGAGGCGCAACGCCAAGCCGAAAUGAACCAUCCCCUUCGACAUUUUCUCGUUUCUCUCCUUUCUUACCUUGACGUCGCAGGCGCUUGUGCCACUAGCGAAGGGACUGUAGUUGAGGGCAGCUACUGGAGAACGCAUGGUGGCGGCUGGGAAUAUAACCUGGGUAUCCCAAGUUUGUCGACGGAUGCAUCCGCUGAGAAUCCCCUUCUGGUGGAACUUCGCCAGUGUUGGUCUCAGAUGAUGGAGAUUCAAGCGGCCAUUAGUUCUUUCGGGAAGGCAAAAAGCGAGGGGCAGAUGCCCCCUGAUCAGCAAGACUUGUUGUACCAGGAUCUGAUGGGACGCCUAGUCCAAUGGCGGCUCAAUGCUCCCAAGUGCAUCCAAGAAGUGGGUGAACUCGAUGAGGAGAGCCUGAAACAAUAUCCCUACCCACAGGUCUUGGAAUAUGCUGGCUGUAUUGAGUCGUACGAAAAGGCGACCGUUCUCUACUUGCACAAGGUCGCAGCAGCAGACCGCCCAGACCGUGUUCCCCAACGAGCCCUUCUAGACAUGCUUGCGUCGCGAAUCUUAAAUCUGAUUGGAAAACUUGCCAAAGACGUUGGCCAGCUGGCAGUUCUGUGGCCUUUGUUUAUCGCAGGACGUGAGACUCGUAAUGAGCGUGAGCAGAAAUUCGUGCGGGAAACCAUGAUUAAUCUACAACGGUUUGGAUUCAAGAACGUUGAAAAGGGCCUUGAAGAACUGGAGAAGGCCUGGUUCAAGCAGCGCGCAUUCCCGGAGGGGUGGAUAGACAGGAUGGAGGACGUUCGGUCUUCGAUUCUCCUUCCGUAAUCUCGCAUAAAAGCACUCGAUACGACCAACGAGGCUUUGAUCCAUCUGGCGCAGUCUGAGCACCAGCUACAGAAGACGAUGGGUAUCGUCUGCUACCCAUACCACCUCCCUCGCUUGGCUGAGGGUACUAUCUUCGCAAUCUUUGAUUUUAAUUAGCGACGGUCGGGAAUCUGCGUUCUGAUUAUGGGAUGAAUCUGGCGUUAGGGCACGGACAGCCAUCAAACAGGGCCGGACCCUAUGAUUCUGAUUCGUGGAAAUAUUAAUAAUGUUGGGAUCAUCCUGCGGGGGGCUACCUCGCUCCUGGAUAAUCUAGCCUUGCUCAUUUGCAGGUGCCUCUAACAUGGAAUUACAUUAAACCUGGAACAUAACGGUGUAUAGACUUGGGGCGUUUUCUACAAAAUAGACAUAGAUGACCCGGCGAUUGAUCGACCAACUAUUGGCAUAUCGCAAUUA